AGCAAAAUCAGUGCCAGCUCGUCACCGCGCGCACUAUUCGUGCCCGCGCGUCACGAGACAGCGCAGCGGGACCUCACCUCGCCGCUCGCAGCGACCGCGCGACGAAUAGCGCUCCACGUGACGCGCACGGCGUCCUGCAAAGCUACAGCUGUAGUCGUCUUUGGUUGCCCGCUCCGUCGAUUGCGAGACGAAGGGCAGCCGCGCCCGUGGACAACGCCGUCGGGUCCUUUCAUCGGCUGACCGCCGCCGCAGCCCCGCCGCCGCAGCUCAUCGUGGAGCCUCACGCGCGGCCCCGCACCGCAGGCAAAGACAAGAUGGGCGCCCACGUCCGCCUCGCCGGUCCCGACUACGACGAGCACGUCGCCCUGAACCCCCAAGAAGAGGAGGAAGCCCCGCUCUUCUACUACAAGGACGACCCUUCGAGAGACGCGCGAAGCGUCCGCGGCUGUUUUUUGGAUGAAAUUUAUGCGAAGCCGCGCCUCGAACAGAAGCUCGCGGAUUUUUAUUUCGAUGGGGAUGUCCCCUACAUGCGGGACAACGUGCAUUGUUUGACGGAUGCGCAGUGGCGGUGCUUCUUCGAAGGGUACCUCGUAGAACCUUUACCGAGAGCCGAGAGGAAGUAUGCUGUGGUGUUCUACGGCGUUUCAGGUUAUACGGGUAGUCUCGUGAUGGAGUACCUCAAGCGGGAGUGUCUGGAUGAUGUCAAUGUUUGUUUCGCGGGCCGGACGCUCCACAAGGUCAUCAAGAUGCGAGACAAAGUACUCCAAGGGACGCGGUGGGCGAACUGUGAUUGCGUCUCCUGCGACCUGAAGGAGCCGUUUGAAGUGGAGGCGUUGGUCUCGUCCUGUCGCGUGGUUUGUAACAUCGCAGGACCGUUCAUGUUGACGGGCGGCGAGCGACUCGUCGAAGCUUGCAUUCAUUAUGAUACGGACUACUGUGACGUGUCCGGCGAGAUUCCUUGGAGUGCGAAGUUGCUGGAGUUCCAUGAUGUGGCUCGGGACGCGGGCGUUUAUAUCGUCCCGUCGACGGCGUACGCGGGCGGCCUGCCGGACAUCAUGUGUUAUGCGAUGGCCAAGGAAGCUAGAGAGAAGUAUGAUGAACAACUGAAGGAGUUCCACGGCUACGUCAGCAUGUAUCAGGAGCGCGAAGGGACGGUCGGCGCGAGCGGCGGCACGUUAAGCACGCGGGCCGCGAUGGCGUCGGGCGACGCGUGGGUGCGCAAGGUCAUGACCGACCCCUUCGCGCUCGGUGGUGCUGUUGAGAAUGGCGAGCGCGAGGAGGACCAGGAUCGGGUGCUGACGAAGGUGUUUCGCGACGGAGCCAUCAAGUCGUGGGUCGCGCCGCACGUCUACGCGUUUUUUGAAACUAGAGUCGUGCGCCGGUCGAACGAGUUGCAUCGUACCUUAGUCGGCGGGCCGGACAAGGGCCCGUUCUACGGCGAAAAAUUAAACGUCACCGUUUAUACUUUGAUGCCGAGCGCGCGGCCGCGUCCUGUCUUGAGGCCAUUCGGACCGAGUUUGUCACGCAGGCGAGGCCGCCGCGAAGGAGUUCAAGAAGUCCGGGAGCACGUCUACCAAGGCCGAAGAAGAACGGUUGAAAAAGGAGGGCAAGUACUACGGGCCGGGCGAGGGUCCACCUCUUGAUGACUUGUUCGAGAUUGGUGUGUAUUCGUUGUACCACGGUGUUGGUAUCACGGAGAGCGGCAAGAAGGUCUGCUGGAGUAUCAAGGGGCGGGACGGCUACUUCGAGACGGCUAGGAUGGCGGUGGAAGCCGCUUUAGCUAUGAGCGAGUCCGGGGACGAACUGCGAUCCGGCUCCGAAUCUGUCCGAGGUGGUGUGUUGACACCGGGCAUCGCGGGCAAGCACGUUCUCUUCGACCGCAUCCGCGCGGCGGGCAUGGGCUUCAUCGACUGGUCGCCGGGUACCUCGUGGGACGGCGUCAAGCCCGAUGAUCGACUCGGCGUCGACGUCUGGGGCAACAAGGCGACGCCGCCGCCCGUCGCCGAGUAGUUCCCUUCCCCCCCUCCCCUUCCCCCUGUCAUAACAG